UCCGCGCCGCGGGCCUUGCACACAAGUUAAAGAUGGCGGACGAAGGUGACAGUUUAUCAAAUGCUGAGCUACGUGAGCAGCUGAUGUAUUAUGGUGUUAAGCACGGACCUAUAACCGCAACAACUAAAGCAUUAUUGCUGAAAAAGCUAAAUGAAGCAAAGUCAGGUGGCCGUAGAUCGUCUCCCAAAGUAGACAAGGUGAAAAAGCGCAGGUCAAUUGCAACCAGCAAUCCGUCACAACAGAGAACAAAGUUAGCUGGCUUCUCAAAAGAGGAAGAUGAAAUUGUCAUUAAAAAGUCACAAGUCUGCAGAAUUGAUUCAAAUGAUAGCAACAACUCAGAGGAAAAGGUAACCGUUACAAGAAGGAGAAACAGCUUUGAUUUAGAGGAAGAACACGACAUAGUGCAAAAGAGGAAAACGAAAACAGAUCAGAGACAAAGCCCUGCAAGCUCAUCUAGCUCUAAUUCGACUAUUGGAAAUGCGUCAUUGACAGCAAGAUUGCAAGGGAAGCCUAAGGGGCAGUAUCAAGCUGCUAGAGACCAAACUGAUAGUAUAGCUGAGGAAUCAACCAAAGAAGACAAUAUUGAUAAUGGACGAGAUGAUGAAGAACUGGAGUUGGCAUUUGCAUCCAACAACAACCUCAUGAAGAGUUGGAGAGGCCCAGUAUUUAUGAUAUUUGUAAUUGUCUUGCUAAUAUGUCUUGUUGGAUCAUAUGCAAGCUUGUGGAGCAACAGAAUGUCAGAAUGGCCUGCUCUUCCAGAAAUAAAAGAUGGAUCAACAUUUGGAAAGGUUUGUUAAUAGUGUUGCUAUUUUUUCCAAUGUAAGCAGUUUUUUAUUUUGUUCUGUUAACUUGUUUGGAACAACCAAAGUCAGAUUUGGUUUAUGUUCUACUCCAACCAGUGAAGGCAGGCCUUCCUGGGAUAAACUAGCACAAGUGUGGCAUUUGGCACCCCUAAGCUGUUUUAGGUGUGUGAUGGAUUGCUAUUAGUGUUUUGUCUUAUUUCUACAAAGGUUUACAUACAUAGUAUAUGGAGCCUUAAAAACCGGCAUUCUUAAGUCAUUUUUUCAGUUUUCACACAACUUUAACAAUGAAUAUCUCUGGUGGCAAAAUGAUAAAGGAAGGGAAAAGAUAUUGCCAGAGAUCUUUACUGAUUUUGAUGCUGAAAGUGUUUUAGAUGCAGUUACCACCAAUCCCUCUUGCUACCAACCAUGAUGGCAGUCUUCAUGAAACCCUUGAAAAAAGUUACAAUUUUGACCCCAACUUUCAAUCGUGUCUCAUCAAAAGAUAUAUGAAAACAGUUUUGAAAAUGGCAUGAUUUGAAAAGGGCACAAUUUGAAAACGGCACUAAUCAUUUCAGCAAAGACGCUUGAAACAGAACAAUUCUAUUGUAGAUUUCCCUCUCUUUGAAUCCAAAGCGCAUUGAUUUUCGAAAUAACAAUCUUUUAUAAGAACUUAAACCCAGUACAGUAAAAAAAAGUUUCUUGUUGUUUUGUUACCUUAUUAGUUUCCAGCGCUUUGGUUAAAAACAAACGCAUGAUUACAACAAUAGGCAUGUGAUUAAACGCACGCCUUGGUGUGGGAGGCGUGUACCAGCGCAUGCAAGUGUGAUUGCACGCCUUUUCUGGGAGGGCCUGGAAGGCAACUUGACCAUAUGAAUUUCUCACAGUCAUGAUACUAUUUGCAGAAGUAAACUUCAUAAUAGUUGAAAAUAGCGCAAGCAAUUGCAAGGGGUUGAAAACCUUGAUGAAAGAGCCUUACAUUUACCCCUAGACUUUGGGUCAUAAUUUGACCACCAGCUAAUGAUGUCUAGAUCUACUAAUGUCAAAAUUCAUUCAAUUAUAAAACACUAAAACCAAAUAAAACCUUGAAUAAUUUAACAACAGUGUAUUUGAAAAAAAAUAAACUUGUGUAAACUUUGAGUAACAACUAGCAGGCAUUUCAUCCAACAAAAAUAUCCCCAUCAUCUAACUCACUCAAUAUCCCCUCUCACUUCCUUACACAAUGUUGAAUUCUGCCUUCAAAUGCUGGAAAUGGAAACAGCAUAUCAGAUGUUUAGCAAGAUAUAUCUGCCUAGUAUUAGAAACAAAAGCUUUAGUUUACUAAAUGUUUGCUUUUUUCAAAGCCAUUUUCAAGUUUUGUACCACCAAAAGAUUGUUUACAAGAUAUGUCUAUUGGAAUUGGCAAAUAAAGGGAAAAAUUUGAAUUUAUUAAAGGGGAACUGAAGUGAAAAACGAUUUUUUACCACUGAUAAAGGUUCCUGUGCUGAUUCCAAAACCGUUUGAAUUUUUUUAAUAUGUUAUGUAGUUUUUAAGUUAUUAAGUUUUUAAAGUCGAAAUUUGCCCUCAUCGAUGGCGGAGCGAGAACGCGGUCAGACCAAUGUGUCAUGUGACCUGGUGACGUAAAGUGGUGGACACAAAGAUAUGUUUUGAUGUAAUGUAGUAGUGAGUUUGAUAAGGUUCAUGACAGGUAACAAUCGUGAAAAUUGUGAUAAAAGCAUGAAACUUGGUGAAAAUACAAAAUUUGAUAUGCGUAACAAGAUAGAAUAUAGACCUAUCUUGGGAAUAAAACCCUUGUGCUAUUUUUAGCCCUUGUACUAUUAUGUGCUACUUAGAAUACGUUGGUAUGGUCAAUCUAUUUCUGCUAACUAUACAGCCAUAAAACUUGGCAAACCCACCCAAUUUGACUCGCUGAAAAAGAUAAAAAUGGUCCCCACCCUCAGAACUAACCCUUGUUCUAUUUUUAGACUGGGUACUUGUGCCCAGUACUCAGAAUACAUUAGUAUGUUAACUAUACAGUCAUGAAACUAUACACUCAGAGGACAUAACUAUGGUUUCUGUUAGCUGUAAAGCCACGAAACUUACCGAACCUACACAGUUCAAUUUGCUGAAAAAGACAAAAGUAGUCCCCCACCUCAGAAAUACCCCUUUAAACAUGAUUUAUCAUGCUUUGUCUACAGAACAUAAUAUCAAAGCAUUUUCCGAUAUAACUCCAGGCAUAAAAAACAAUUCAUAUCAGGAUGUACAUAAAGGAGGAGGAUUUAAAGCACAAUCAUUAAAUGAUGUAUAUGUUUCCAAGUUUAUUAAAAGACCUUAUCUUAACAAAAGAUAUGUCAGAGAUUUUAUCUCAUAACUGUUCUCUAUGAAAAAUGUUGAGUUGAAGCAAAUUUCAGAAAAAUAGAACCAUUGGGCACCAAAAAACUUCAUUCUCAAAAUUUGAAAACAGUGUAUCUAAACAACAGGCAGUGACAGAAUACAUUAAAAGAACAUUGUACCCUGAAGGUAAAACAUUUUCUUCUGAUUAUUUAUAAAAAAUGUUACCAAGCAGAUGGUACAGGACCAUUAUUGUAAGAGAAAAACUUGAUCAAAUCCAAACUAUUCUACACAUUUUGAUGUGAGUGAAAUAUCUUGAAAAAUACACCUUAGGAAUCUUAAAAAUAUCAAGCCUUG